UGAAGCUGAAAUGUAGGAGCUUCCUUAAAGUGCACCGUUGUAUAAUUCCUGACUAGUUUCUCAGAGUUAAGUCGAUAGAUGUGGGACAGAUACGUGAAGAUAUGUCGGGGAGCGUGGAAGAAGUCGGCAAUUGAAGAAGUCACUCAUUGAUUCCACAUCCCCAAGGCAGUCAAACAGGGCCAGGAUCUCAAAAGCAACAUGUUUUCAUUAACGUGGGAAAUAUAAACACCCUUUUCAGAGCUAGUCUACACUAGGCUCGGCUUGGUUGAAGUAGGUUUUAUUGACGAUUUGAUUGUAGAAACUCUCAGAACCCAGAACGACUGCGGUUUAUACUGUAGGUAGCAUGCGCAGUUAAUCGGUAUAAAACAAAUUGACUUUCUCAACAGUCUCAGCUCUUAAACGGAACAAGGUGUGAUAGUUAAUUUACUCACCGCAACAUUGAAGUAUAACACUUCUGUCGAUGACAUCGGAGCUUCUCGUGGAUCGAUCCUGCCAGGUUCAUUGGAGCGGCGUAUUUCGUGGAUAGGUGCGCCAAACACUUGCUGUCGCUUUGGUAGAAAAGGAGCAUACUCCACGGAGUCAAGGCAUUUAUAGAUAAAUGCAACUAUUCAGAAAAGUGCGGAACUGCAUCGGGAAAUAUAUAGUGGCAUUGUAUAUUGGAGUUAGAUUACCAAACGAUAUUUGUCAUCAGUACUUGUAUACACUGUGUAAGUCAAUGCACGGUUUUGUCACACGGGAGAGCUCUUUUUUAACCUACUUUCUCCUGAAAUUGUGUACAGAAAAUGCUUAGUGUAAAAUGCCACCUGUAGGAGUCUGAAGACAUUGGUUGCUUUCAAGCGAUGACUGUGCGCUGUCGUAUGCAACGAUGAUCCAAUUUCCGAAUGUUAAGGGCUGUGACAUUCGUCAGCACUACUGGGACAUCGGUUGUAAUUAAAUAGGACAAAAUUCUAGGAAACGGAAACAUCCCUGGAGGUGAUGAAAUUUCUAGGACAACGACAUCAAAGGAAUUUAAGUCACCAAAGUCUAACACGUGAAUCAAUUCGCAUAGUGUAUGUAACGGUACUUUAAAAGGACACCUUUCGUAUCACAUACUGAAAACGGGUCGGAGGAAGGAGAAUCAUUUGUCAAAAAAAUUCCAUACAAGCGGUUUUGCAAGAAAACGGAUUUAAGCAGUCUUUUCUUUUAAUGAUAGGAGAAAAGAAUCGCACCAUCUGUAAAUUUGCGGCCGAAAUAGGAUUUAUUGUCAGGAUUUGCACUGGAUGGUACUUGGAUUGGUCCAGGUCCUUUUUAAAGGAAACCGAGCACUUUACAAGGAAAACUUGACCCUUGCUUGAACCACCAUGUAUUGCCAGUUUAGAAUUGCCCUCAGACUAGUUUUUCUCUUACACCUGGCUAUCUGCGCCAGUGACGAAGAAUGCGACAAAUGUGUCGACGUAAUUCCGUGUUACCAGUGCUCUACUAUGACCAAGGGGGAGGAGUACUGUGAAGACCCCUUCAACCUCUCCCACAACACGGUCCGGAAGGUGCCCUGUAAGGGAGCUUGCGUCAAGUGGGUCAUAAAGCCAAAAGCAGACCAAGAUUUCACGCACGUAGUCCGCAGCUGUUAUAACGAUCUGGACAUCACUUUUCCUGCGGCCCUGGUAUGCAUGGGGGAAUCUCGUCCUGGUUAUGGCCACCUAUGCUUUUGCAAUACCGAAUUAUGCAAUGGCGCCUUUGCCUUGAAUGGUCAUAGGACGACACACUUUUGGACGUUAAUAUGUGUGACUUCUGUUGCACUGUGGUUUGUCAUGCAGUAUCUGGAUAGCGGGUCAUUUGAUGGAAUUUGCAGACAAAUUGUAUUUCUAGUCUGCAUAGCACUGUCUUCUGUACGGUUAACUAUUGCCUCUUUGGGUGGGCCGUCAACCACUCGUACGUUUCGAGAUGACGGAUAAAAUUAAGAAAUAAAGAAGUCAAUGAAUUAUUUAUCAAUUUUAAUAUAAGCAAAGUAUGACAAAGGUCUGAGUUAAUUUUAAUGUGGAUGCGAUUGCAAUUUUACUGGAAGUUGUAACUUCAAGUGCAUAGUCGUACAUAAUAUUACUAUGGAUGAGUAACUUUGGAUGAGUAACGUCAAAUCAUGAUAAUGGGGAUACAGCUUUGAAGAGGUUGUCAAACAUAAUUGCAAAGUGCGAACAUGAUUUAACAUUUUCGAUUGGUUUUAUAGCUUUAGCGUUUCGUGUUUGAUUGCACGAGAGAGUAGGUUGGAUGGUUAACCACGAGCAGUAUUAUUGAUGCGUUUUUCACUUUGCAGUGGAAGUCAAGGACUUUUUUUUUGCGAUGUGCUCUUAUUUUAAACUGUUUAUUCCCUCUUAACUUGUACCAUAGGGAGAUACACGUACUAAUUUCUGCACUCAAUCGGACGCCAGUGCAUCAUUAAGCAAAUGGCACCCAGUUCCUUUACGAUAUUAGGCAAUCCUCGAGUGGAUAGCAACCUUGUUACAAGACGUGAAUUUGCAAAACUCGUAAGAAUAAUCAAUGGGCUCAAGCUGCAAGCAAGUGUGUUGAUUACGUUCCGUUGAAUUUUUGAUGUUUUAUGAAGCAUUUAACUUUUUGACUGAAAAUCUUAUUUUUACCAAAGAUGCAUGUUUGUAUUUAUUAUAUCGUACAAUAAUCCAUUAAAAUAGACAUUUGAUGAAGUGUUGUUUGGAAUCACCAUCACACAUACAACAGUCUUUCCGAUUAAAAAGUAAACAUAUAAUACUGAAAAUUUAGUUUUCCGUAACCUUUUGCAAAUUAUACAAUUGCAUUCCAAAAAGUAGCUCUUAGCUUUAACCAACAAGGUACUAUUAAUUUAUCAUGAUGAAUUUUGAUUGGUUAAAGUAACAAAGGUAAUUGGUUUAUAAGUAAGAUGCAUUUUAGAACAAUCUUGAAUAUGGUUAGUGGAGGUGAAAAUUAAGUAUUACAAAAAGAGGGAGUAUCUAUUAAAUAAUAUAAACAUCAUAUUUAUGCUGAUUACAUGUGAUAUGAACAUACAAUGUGUGCAUAUCUUUUUUUUGUUUGUUUGUUUGUUUGUUUGUUUGUUUUGAAAAGAUUUUAGAUGUUUUGCGUCGUUAAAUUUUUUUCAAACUUGUCCAUGAAAUAUGUGAUGCCAAUAAGCAAGACGCAUGUUUUGUCCUUGUGUUUUUUUAUUAUAUAAGGGGUAAAAGUGUGUUUAAUGCACAGUUAUCUUAUCUCUUUGUUAUUGACUGAUAGUGAAGCUGUUUCUAUUCUAAUAAAUUAUCUCACCUAUGCAUUUUAACAGAUCGUUUAUCAACAUAAUAUGAUCCUUGCGUAGACUUCUUGUGUACCGAGUAGCUCAGUAUGUAGUUUACUUUGCCGUUUUAUUGUUUUCUCGUGAUGCCAUCAACAAGUGGGACUAGAAACGGUGCUUCGUUAGUAUAAUCUCAUCUACUGUGCAUAAUGGAAAUUCCAUAAUUUCUUUAUGAUUUGAACUUUUUCUUAUGUUCUACAUGUGUUUGCUAACAAGCAAUGUAGUGCAUGCACUGUUACUAAUUAUACCGGUGUAUCAUUAAGACUCCAAUUGACUUUUACUAUUAUUAAGUCUGGUAAAGAUCGAGGGUCAUCUUUCUGUAAACAUAUUUAGGCCACUAUGCAGUAAUUUUGCACUCCUUACGCUGUUACUUAAAAAUUUCAAAGAUCACUUUGAUUUCUUUUAGAAGUCCCUUCGUGUUAGGGUAAAACAAAAUUACCGGUGCAACCGUUGUGGAAACGUUCAGAAGGCAUUUAAAACAUAAUAGCUGUCCGAUAAAUUGACGGAAGUUCCGUUCAUAAUCACCAAUUAGAGGUGUAUAUAGUUAAUCAAUACGAUUUUUUCAUUCCUUUAAUUAGUUUAACCGAUUUUGACCCAGGGCACGGGUGUUCAGACAUAAUGGCAUU